AUGCCAGAGGCUAUUUUGCCAUGUAUUUGCACGAAUCGGAACGAGGAUGUUCAAAUAUGGUGCACACACAGCGACCUAACACAAGUUAUGAAAGGAGUUCAAAGUAUAGGAGAUUUUGUGCAGAACCCAAUAGAUGAACUUAUAAUAGAGAAUAAUUAUCUACCAUCGUUGCCGGGGAAAAUGUUUCAAAAUGUGAAAAUACUUCGACUGAUGUUGAGACACAAUGGAGUAGAGCGGCUAUCUUCUGCUUGGUUGGAAAAUCAAGAAAUAAAUUUAGUAGAAAUAUUUAUAGUAGAAAAUGAUCUACGAAAUAUACCAAGCGAAAGCCUCAUGAAGUUGCAGAAUUUACAAGCAAUAACAAUCCAAUCGCAAAACUUAAAAAGAUUACCUGUAUUAACUAACAUGCCAAAACUAAAAUAUAUCAAUAUACAAUCGGAGAGUUUGAAUGUUAUAAAUGAACACACAUUUGAAAAUUUGCCUAAUUUAGAAAGACUGUUCAUUAAAGGCAGUCCAAAUCUACGGAUUUUAAAAGAAAAUGCCUUGUAUAAUUUACCAAAGUUAAGAAAGUUAGAGAUAACCAAUUGUGGAGUUAAUUUUGUGCAUAUGAGAGCACUAUCAUUACUUCCUGCAUUAAGUGAACUGUCAUUUAGUGACAAUAAGAUUUCAGAUGCAACUAUGAUAGGAAGAGCAACCAGAGAUUUACCUUUACUAUUUUAUUUGAAUCUUAAUAACAAUAUAAUUGAUAAAUUAAAUGAAGGUGCGUUUGUAGAUCACCCUAUGUUAGAAAAUUUGUUAUUAUCAAAAAAUAAAAUUAACGUUAUUCAUCACGGAGCAUUUCAUAGAGUUCCAAAGUUGAGAGUUGUAGAUCUAAACCAUAAUAAGAUAACAAAAAUUCACCCUGAAUCAUUUCUUCAACAAUCAGGCAGUGGAGUGGAAGAAUUGACCUUGAUCGGAAAUCAAAUAAUGUAUAUUUCUGAAUUUAGGGCUCUGCUAGACGCUUUACCACGUUUAAGAUUUCUAGACUUGAGCGAAAAUUUGCUUCAAGAAAUUCCAAGAGGUGCAUUAAGAGGACAUCCAAGUUUAGAAAGAUUACAUUUAAAUAAAAAUAACAUUAAGUACAUACAAGCUGAUGCAUUUGUUGCGAUGCCCGCUCUGCGAGAACUACACUUAAAGAAUAAUUCUUUAAGUGAGAUGUAUGAAGGCCCGUUUUGGAAUUUACCAGCUUUAAAAGGACUCGACUUAUCAUAUAAUUACUUUCAGCGUUUACAACCGAAAAUGUUAUACAAUUUGCCAGCAUUGCGACGAAUAAAUUUAAGUAAUAAUCAAAUAACUAUUAUUGAUCCUAUCACUUUUAUAGAAUUACCGUUGUUAGAGUAUAUCAACAUUUCAAGCAAUGCGCUAGUUUCUAUUCAUCCAGCUACCUUCAGGAAUUUACCAAAUUUGUACGAAGUCGAUGCAAGUGUAAAUAAAUUAAUGGAGUUUAUUCCCGGAUUACCUAGGGGUUUGGAGCAGCUAUAUUUACAAAGAAAUCAAAUAACAAGUUUACCAGUACCUCCAUCGCCUGAUUUGGAUUUGCCUUCUCUGAGGACUUUAGAUAUCUCAAGUAAUGGUAUUCAAAAAAUUCCUCAUGGAUGUAUGAAAACACUGCACAACUUACGUAGACUAUACAUGAGAAGAAAUGGUCUAAGACAAAUUGAACUCUCGACAUUAAGUGAUUUACAACGUUUGGAGAUAUUGGAUUUGAGUGAUAACCAAAUACUCACUAUAAAUCCUAAGAGUUUUAGUAAAUUGAGUCGUUUGAAAAAAAUGAAUUUACAUGGAAAUUCUAUUGAUAAUUUUGACUUUAUAGUAAUACAAGAAAAUCCGGCACUUGCUAUGUUAGAUUUUAGCAAAAAUAGACUUAAGAGCAUUAGUCCGAAUAUGGUAAAAAAAGCAAUGGAUGUAGAAAUUUUUAACAUUUCUUCUAAUAGUUUAAAUGAACUACCGCCAACACUAAAUAUGUUGCCAAAAUUGAAAAUACUAGAUGCUAGCUUUAAUAACAUAAAACGAUUUGACGGUAAUAUUAUCAACAAUGUCCAAACACUAAAAGAAAUGAAAAUGCCAAACAAUAAAAUCGUAGAAUUACGCGCUGGAAGCUUUAAAGAUAUUAGAGACUUGGAGGCAGUUGACCUGGAAAAUAAUCAAAUAGAAAUCGUACAUCCAAAAGCAAUCGUUAAUUUACCUAAUCUAUCAGCUAUCUACUUGAGUAGAAAUCGUAUCGUAGAUUUACCGGAUGGGGUUUUUGAGAAUUUACCAAAGUUGAGAAUUAUGGAACUGCAAGGUAACAGAUUGCAAUUCAUAUCCUCGAGGGCUUUUGAAAAUAUUCCGCUCGUACAAUAUCUAAACUUGAGCAACAAUCAGCUUACGAACAUUGAUAACUCUGGAUUGCGCCAAUUAAUUUCCUUAGAAGUACUCGAUCUUAGUUUUAACAAACUGACCAAAAUUGACUCAUCGUCCUUUCAACACAUGGAAUGGUUAAUUGAGUUAAAUCUUGAUAACAAUUUGAUAUGCCACAUAGGCGGAAAACCAUUUGAUUUUAUGCCUCGAUUAAAAGUUCUCUCUCUGCGUUAUAACAAGUUAGCAUAUGUAAAUGAAGGAAUAUUUGGGAAAUUAAGAAACAACAUAGCUAUAUUGGAUAUUGAUGGUAACCCCUUAGUAUGCAAUUGUGAGCUUAUGUGGCUGAAGUCAUGGUUAUCAGAAUCGUCAUCUAUCGGACCGAAAUGUGCUGAUGGAACUUACGUCAAAGGAUUGCCAUUUUCAAGAGAAGACUGUGUAAAUGUAAAGGCUAAUCAAGAGGACGAUAUAAAAUUAUGUAUUACUCUCGAAAAUGAUGCAUUACUACCAAGCUUGGCUACUUCACAAGUCUUCUCAUCAUUGGACAAAAUUAAAGAUUACACAGCGCAAAUUAAAAAUAAUUAUCAACUUAAUAAGAUACCUAAUAGACCUGCACCUGAAGAGUCAGAAUAUUUCUAUGAAGAUUAUGUUGAUUAUCCAUAUAACGAAACAUUGGUUGAUACCCUCAAUAACGACAUUCGGUUGUUGCAAAACAAUAAUAACAAAUCACAACAUGAAACAGUAGCUGUUCCAAAUGUUAACAUAGAAAUUAAAAAUACUACAAUUAUAAGUAGUAAAACUACAAACAUGAAAAAGCCUGCAAGUGGCUUCACAUUUUUCGGUAUGCCUCUUCCCCCUUUAGAUGUGGGUAAAUUAUUGAAUAGUGGUCGUAAGGUUGACUGGUCAAAUAACAAAAAUUUACAACACAGUAAUAAAAACUAUCAAACUCCAGCACCUCCGAAAUUUGAAACAGGCGGAUUCGCUCCCAUUCUUCCUACAACAAGUGGUGGGUUUAAGCCGAUACCUAACCCAACAAUGAAUGUUACACAUACAUUAGUCAUUGACAAAGGUGUCGCAAAUUAUUCAACAGCUGGUAAUAUGCAACAUAGCUUAUCAAUAGCUGUAACAAAACCACCAGUGACAAAAGUUCAUACUAAUACAACACAUAAAAAGAUGAAAAGUGAAAUUCAUGAACUACAAGCAUAUCUCGAUGAUGAUAAUAGCACUCAUGUAGCUUAUAAUCGAACAAAAAAUGUUGAAGAACAAAAAAGUGAUCCGAACAACUUAUCAAAAUAUAAUUUAAUGGAAUCCAAUUUAACAAUAACACAAGUGACAGAAAAAGAAGGUGUUCUUAUUACAACAGAUACAAGCAAUGAUAUGUCUCUACAGGCAUGGAUAGAAACAAGUACACAGUCUUAUUCUAUUUCUACACCUGUUACUUCAAAACCACCAGUAAAAAAGCAUGUUGAUAGACCUCAACCAACUGCAUUAUCUGCCAUCCGAAUGCCAAAUAGUGAAGAGCUGUCAACAAGAAACAUGAGCACAAAUGUUAAACGACCUGCCACCAUUACUAAGGUCAACAUGCCACUAUUACAGCAAUAUGAUAUGCAGAAUCACAAUUACUCUCCUGUAAUAAACAGAGAGGCAAAGACUAGUUUCUUAAAUACUCCCACAGUUAAUACCAAGAUAAGACUAGAUGGUAAAGAAUGGUAUUAUAAAAACUACAAUAACUCCAAUUUGGAACCAUACAUAGCACCAGAAGUACAUUCUGCAAAAAGUGAAAGUGCAUCUCAUAAAAACUCCAUACUGAAAAUAUUCAUACUACAAUUUAUUAUAUGUGUUGACAUAAAUUAUUUACAUUGAUUUAGUUGGAAUUGACAAUACCACUUUUGAGUAUAAAAACUAUUUAUUCAUGAAAUAUUUAUGUUAUCAGUAACUAUUGUAACCACACAUUUGAUAAGACUUAAUUUUGUUUGAUAGUAAGUUAACGAAUUGUGUUGACUAUAAAAAAAUAAUUAAUGCUAUAUCCAUACUUUAACUAUACAUAAAUAAAUAAAUCAUUUUAUGCUGUUUUAUUUAGAUAUAUUUACAGAAUUAUAAUAAUGAAAACGAGAUAAAGAAGACAGAAAACUAAUUAGAUACCUGGUUACUCAGAGCCUCAUAUUUCAUUUGCUUUUUCUAUAAAGAACUUCUUUAGUUGUUCUAAAGCCUUGUACCUAUGAGAUAUAGUAUUUUUUGUUUCCUUUGGUAAUUCAGCAUAGGUUUUGUCAUGUCCAUCUGGUUGAAAGACACAAUCCCAACCAAAAUCUCUUGUUCCUCUUGGAGGAACAAUUUUUCCUUUGGUUAUUCCUUGAAAUAAUAUAACAUCUAGAUCUUCACAAUUCCCAGUACAGUAUGCAAACGUGCAAAUUGCUUCUGCGGACUUGUCUUCCCAGCCCGUAAGAAGUUUUGAUAGUCCUUCUGGUUGAAUUUUUUCCAGAAACCAUUUUAUGUAUGGUCCCGGUAAACCAUUCAGUGCUUUAAAACAAAGACUGGUAUCUUCUACUAGUACUGGUGUUUUUAGUUUACGAGCAGCUUCUUGACAUUUCUUUAUAGAUACUUCAUUUAUCUCACCUUGAAGUUCUGGUAAAUCUAAAUUGUGGCUUAUAAUUUCUAGUGGGAAAUUGUUCCCCAAUAUAGCUCUGACUUCUUCCAACUUUUUAACAUUACCAGUAACAAAUGUCAAUGUUCUUUGAGCCAUGAUAAGCAAUUUAUUGUCUUGUUCUUAACCUUUCCUAAAAGUUUUAAAUUAAUUAUUAAACGGCACUGACAUAAACAAAAAUUUAAAUUCUUUUUCUUCCGAUUGAUUCCGUGC